AUGGUUCAAUUCGUCGUUGCUUUGUUACUUUUGUGUGGAUCAGUUGGUUCUCAGACAACCACAUCCAAACCUCAACAACUAAACAGCAGCAACGUCAAAAACUUAUGCGAGGUAUAUACUAAACUUUAACUCAGGCACUUCUCACGUUUUGCUGGGUGUUUUGUAUAGUUUACUUUGAAUACCAAAGAACUCCCAAAGCCCUGAAAAAAGUGAAGUUUAGGGAAAUUCAGUGUGCAUUUGGGUUAGUUGAAAUUAUUUAAUAAGAAAGUAAAAAAAGCAAUUUAGAUGGAUUUGAAUUGAAAUGAAAGAUUGAGGUAAAAGAUAAAAGAAAUACAGUUAUAAUCCUCCGAAAUGUGGUUACAAGCACUCUGACGGGCGAAGGAUCAACUACGUAUUCACAGGAAAUUGUAAGCCAUAAGAAGAACAUCGAUCGGUUUUUACAUUUUUUUUUGCAAAUUAUAAUGGUUAAACUGUUAUCAUAAAUUACAUCGUCACUGUCAAUUCGAAACAAAUAUCAGAAACUGAAGAUGAUAGAUCGAUUAAAACUUAUUUUAUUUAAAAAUCAAAUUAUUUUGUUGUCCUAUUUCUACUUUACUCGGUUGUCUCCGUCUAUCCAGACCAUUUAGUUUAGUGAUUAGUCGAAAUGACGAGCUCCAUGUUCUUUCUAGAAAUCCAUAAUGAAGCAUGGCUUUCCAGGCAUUCCAGGAUCAAAUGGAAUGCCGGGAGUGCCAGGGAUGCCAGGGCCGCAAGGUCCGCAGGGCAGGGAAGGAACAAAAGGAAAGACUGGCGCUAAGGGAACGAAAGGUAUGAUGGGACCAAAAGGAGAGAGAGGUCGCGAGGGGAUUCAUGGGAAGAGUGGCCUGCCAGGAAUGAUGGGAAUGAAAGGUGAGCCGGGAUCUGUUGGAGCUGUAGGAAGGAAAGGAGACAAAGGAGAGAAAGGAGAAAGCGUGAAAGGAAGUUCGGCUGGUCCUGUGCCACAAACCAACUGGAAACAGUGUGUUUGGAAAAGCCAGCACAAUACGAAAAACGGCAAGAUAAAGGUAAAACAAAAUUGGUGGUUUUGGCAAUUUUAUGACAAAUUGAGCAUGGUUAUUAGAGAGGGUUAUUAAGAUUCACGUUUACCGCAAACGGCAAACGUAAGAUUCAAGUUGACAAUUUCUCAGAACAAAAAAUAAGCAGAUAAAAACAGUCCCGAACGAUUCUUAUGGAUAAAACUGCCAUAAAACUUCUUAUUUUUGUACAGAAGCAAUAAACGGUAAACGGAAAAUAAGCGGAAAACUUGGUUACGUGGUACAAAUUGACGUUGGCUGUUUGGCGCGCGUAAACGUGAAUCUUAAUCUCUCUAUUACCGAAAUCCCACCUGGGGAGUGGGAACUUGUGAAAAAUAAAAAAUAAAAAAACGGAGAAGAAACGUACGUCAUAGUUUUUUUCUUUAUCGAUGUCUUAGAGUUCCUUUUUCUACUUUUUCUACUUUCCACUUUUACCUAAUUUGGUGGCCUUGAAAACCUGAUAUACUCCUUUAUGUAAUUUUAUUCCAGGACUGCGCGUUUAAUAAGCUGUUGUCUAAUACAGCAAUCAAAGUCUCAUUCCAGGGAAAUACUAGAGUCUACGGCACUGCUUCUAAGUGUAACCGCUGGUAUUUCAAGUUCAAUAAUAACGAAUGUAGUGGACCAAUGACGAUUGAGGCUGUCGUUUACAACUCGUGGUCAUCCGGGAACCCCAAUCUGCUACAUCACCGGUCGUUUGAGGGAUACUGUGAGAAUAUUCCUCAAGGCGCAGUUAGAGUGGAAUUAUGGGUAGGCCCGUGUGUUGGUGGCUAUACCUUGGGUGAUGCCGUCACUGGAUGGAAUUCAGUGUCCCGGAUAAUGAUUGAGGAAGUAUCCAGAACUCAAUCUUAA